AUGACACCCAAUAUAUCACCUGUUUCGUUACUCAUUGUCGUUGGAAUAUGUUUAGCACAAGCAAGUUACUUGUCACCUGUAAAUGGAAAUGGUUUUUCUCUUAAUGGAAAUGGAAUACGCACAAAUGGCCAUGGAUAUACUAAUGGUGUUAAUGGCAAUGGUAAUGGUGCAUAUACAAAUGUUAAUGGCAUAAAUGGCAAUGGCAGAAAUGGAAAUGGCAAUGGUGCAUUGUCUAAUGGAAAUGCAAAUGGCAACGGAUGCCAUUGGCGGUGGAGGCGUCCAGGUGUGGACUACCCCAUCCUGGCCUUCGUCCCCGACACCGGGUUCUCCUGCAACGGCCAACUUCCAGGAUAUUACGCUGAUACUUCGCCUGAGGCUGGAUGCCAGGUAUUCCACAUCUGUCAGGCAGGAGGCAGAAUCGACUCGUUCCUUUGUCCCAAUGGCACAGUUUUCAAUCAGCAACACUUUGUGUGCGAUUGGUGGUACAACUUUGACUGUUCCAAGGCUGAACAGUUCUACGGUUUGAAUGCUGAGAUUGGUAAUUUCAAUGGAAAUGGAUACACAAACGGCAAUGGUUAUAAUGGAUAUGCCAAUGGUAACGGAUACACUAACGGUAAUGGCAACGGCAUUGGUUACAACAACGGUCAUAGGAAUGGUAAUGGAUAUACCAACGGCAACGGAUAUACCAACGGUAAUGGCAACGGCAACGGUUACACCAACGGUAAUGGAUACACCAAUGGUAAUGGCAACGGUUACACCAAUGGUAAUGGCAACGGCAACGGAUACACCAACGGUAAUGGAUACACCAAUGGUAAUGGCAACGGUAAUGGCAACGGUUACACCAACGGUAAUGGAUACACCAAUGGUAAAGGCAACGGCAACGGAUACACCAACGGUAAUGGCUACGGCAACGGAUAUACCAACGGUAAUGGCAACAGUAAUGGAUACACCAACGGUAAUGGAUACACCAAUGGUAAUGGCAACGGUUACACCAACGGUAAUGGCAACGGUUACACCAACGGUAAUGGAUACACCAAUGGUAAUGGCAACGGCAACGGAUACGCCAACAGUAACGGCUACGGCAACGGAUACACCGACGGUAAUGGCAACAGUAAUGGAUACAAAAAUGGGAAUGGAUACAACGGUAGUGGGAACAGAAACGGUAAUGGUUACACCAAUGGCAAUGGUAACGGGAAUAGGUACAGCAACGGCAACGGUAAAAGAAACGGCAAUGGUAAUGGAAACGGGUUUAGCAACGGAAAUGGGUAUACAAAUGGCAAAAGAAAUGGAUACAGCAAUGGGAAUGGAUAUACUAAUGGCAAAGGUAAUGGGAACGGCUACACCAAUGGCAAAACCAAUGGAAAUGGUAGAGCGACGUAUGGUAACGGAAUAAAUGGAUUGUAUCAAACGCCGAGUCUCUGAGUCACGUAGUAUUUUUCUAUUUAUUAAGAAUAAACGACAU